CCACCCCCGGGCCAGCCAGCACCACUCACAUACCCUCAUCCAAUCGAGGGCCUCGGAAAACAAAAUCAUAUAAACGAUGCCCUCACCAUGAACGAAGCAGACCUCCACUACCCGCCUGACGUCUGCCCCUUCUGUACCAUUGCCGCCGCUUUCCCGUGUCCAGAGAACGCGCUAUGGAGUUCACGGAAGGAGGCAUUGGCGACCAGCGUGCCCAGUGAAGAUGAGGCUGAUCAUGAAAAGACGAGUCCGAGUAGCUUUGUAGUGCUCAGGAGUAAGGAUGUGGUUGCUUUUCUGGAUAUCUUGCCGAUGACGGGAGGUCAUUUGCUUGUUACGACUCGGGAACAUAAAGUCAAGGUUGCUGAUAUGGGCGCCACUGAGAGUCGAGAGAUUGGUUUCUGGUUACCGAUACUGGCAAGAACAGUAGCUAAAGUAACAGGCGUCACAGACUACAAUAUCGUGCAAAAUAACGGUGCGCGGGCUGCACAGGUAGUACCCCAUGUACACUUCCACAUCAUACCACGCCCAGAGACUAUGCCAGAGAUUAAGAGCAAGAGCUGGACGAUGUUUGGACGGGGCCAACGCGACGACCUAGACGAUGAAGAGGGGGCGAGGAUAGCGAGCGAGAUGAGGAAAGUGUUGAGAGAUGAGGCGGAGAGGAUGAGUAGUAGUGAGAGGGAGGCGAAAUUAUGACAGUCUAUUUUUGACUCUUUCAGUGCAUUAGACAUUAAUUAUUACUACCAGGCAUCUCCAAUUCUCGAAUCAUGGUAUUAUACAUCAACUUUGCUCUCUUGUCGCGUUAUCACUUCCUCACCCUCCCCCUUCCACCAAUAUAUUCUAUCAAAAUGCCCACGAGCACAAUGAUGAAGUUUACAAACAUCAGCACCGCUGCUGCAGUAGCCCACCGACACCUCCUUUGCAAAAACCCAUCG